GAGAAGGCCGGGCAGUUGAGGACAGGAGAGAGAAGGCUGCAGACCCAGAGGGAGGGAGGACAGGGAGUCGGAAGGAGGAGGACAGAGGAGGGCACACAGACACAGAGCAAGGGCGGCAAGGAGGAGACCCUGGUGGGAGGAAGACUCUGGAGAGAGAGGGGGCUGGGCAGAGAUGAAGUUCCAGGGGUCCCUGGCCUGCCUCCUGCUGGCCCUCUGCCUGGGCGGUGGGGAGGCUGGCCCCCAGCAGAGCGGAGGGGAAAGCACUGGGACAAAUAUUGGGGAGGCCAUUGGGCAUGGCAUGGAAGAUGCCCUGAGCCAAGGGGUGGGAAAGAUCAUUGGCAAAGAGACCAGAGGGGCAGCCAGCUCUAAAGUCAGUGAGGCCGUUGGCCAAGGGACCAGAGAAGCAGUCGGCACUGGAGUCAGGCAGGUUCCCGGCUUUGGCGCAGCAGAUGAUUUGGGCAACAGGGUCGGGGAAGCAGCCCAUGCUCUGGGAAACACUGGGCAUGAGAUUGGCAGACAGGCGGAGGAUGUCAUUCGACACGGAGCAGAUGCUGUCCACGGCUCCUGGCAGGGGGUGCCUGGCCACAGUGGUACUUGGGAAACUUCUGGAGGCCAUGGCAUCUUUGGCUCUCAAGGUGGCCUUGGAGGCCAGGGCCAGGGCAAUCCUGGAGGUCUGGGGACUCCGUGGGUCCACGAAUACCCCGGAAACUCAGCAGGCAGCUUUGGAAUCAACCCUCAGGGAGCUCCCUGGGGUCAAGGAGGCAAUGGAGGGCCACCAAACUUUGGGACCAACACUCAGGGAGCUGUGGCCCAGCCUGGCUAUGGUUCAGUGAGAGGCGGCAACCAGAAUGAAGGGUGCACUAACCCCCCACCAUCUGGCUCAGGCGGAGGCUCCAGCAACUCUGGGGGAUCCAGCACCGGCUCCUCCUCCGGCAACCACGGUGGGAGUGGCGGAGGAAAUGGACAUAAACCCGGGUGUGAAAAGCCAGGGAAUGAAGCCCGCGGGACCGGGGAAUCUGCGAUUCAGGGCUUCAGAGGACAGGGAGUUUCCAGCAACAUGAGGGAAAUAAGCAAAGAGGGCAGUCACCUCCUUGGAGGCUCUGGAGACAAUUAUCAGGGGCAAGGGUCCAGCUGGGGCAGUGGAGGAGGUGACGCUGUUGGUGGAGUCAAUACUGUGAACUCUGAGACGUCUCCUGGGAUGUUUAACUUUGACACUUUCUGGAAGAAAUUUAAAUCCAAGCUGGGUUUCAUUAACUGGGAUGCCAUAAACAAGAACCAGGUCCCGCCCCCCAGCACCAGAGCCCUCCUCUACUUCAGCCGACUCUGGGAGGAUUUCAAACACAACACUCCUUUCCUCAACUGGAAAGCAAUUAUUGAGGGUGCGGACGCAUCGUCACUGCAGAAACGUGCAGGCAGAGCCGACCAGAGGUAUAAUUAUAACCAGCAUGCGCAUCCCACUGCCUAUGGUGGGCAGUACUCAGUCAAGACCCCUGCAAAGGGGGGAGUCUCGCCUUCUUCCUCGGCUUCCCGGGUGCAACCUGGCCUGCUGCAGUGGGUGAAGUUUUGGUAGGCAAUUUCUUCCAACCACCGCCAAGGCCCCGAAAAGCACUGGUCGUCAGGGAGUUCCUCCCCUUGGCCCCCAGCCUGUGCCAGCCCUGGCCCGGCUGCCGCACCUCUGUUUCCUAGGCUGGGGACCCAGCUUGUCUCUCCUUGUUUCUUCCCGCUGCACUGUGGUGCUUCAGUGACCACCAGCCUCAUCGGAUAUACCAGCAUCUUUCUCUACCUGCUCCCUUUUGUGACCUGAAGUCACUGUGACAGUUCUCCAGGAAGGAGGAGCUUCCUACUUUUGAGUUUCUCUGUGGAAAUAAAACAUGAAUCUUGUUUCCCUA